AUGUUAGCAGAGACAAAAAAGUCCCACCAAAGUAAUAGGUUUAUUCUAGUCCAGUUUAUACUUAUCUAUUUCUUUAUACACAUAGUAAUAUACUCCUCACAUAACUAUAGAGAAACUAUAGCAAAGGAAAUAUUUGAGCUUUCUUCAAAAGAGUACUCGCUAGUUGAGAUGAUAAGUGUAAUAAAACUAGGGGGGUCAAUUACAUCCACGUAUAUAUCCCAAAAAUAUAUACGGCCACUCAUUGCCACAUUUAUUGCCACGUGUACAUUCAUACUAACACUUUUCAUGCUCAUUAAUAAAAUGGUAGAGGACAAGAGGUUAGUAGUUCUUCUGGGAUGCCUUCACAUAAUAGCAGAUUCUUCAAUUCUUCCAACAAUUGAUGCUGAGUGCUUGGCCAUUUUGAACAGCAGAGGCAUGGGGCAUAGGUACAGCAACAUUCGUGUGUUCAGCACACUUGGGCACAGUAUUACAUAUAUUAUUAACAUGGUAAUACAGAAGCUCAUUAACGACAAGAAGUUCCUCAGUAAGAGCAUCCUUUUAAACACGCUUUUAUUUGGAACUAUUACUGUGGCAUGUAUAUUAUUCUGCAUUAUGAAUAUAGAUGAAGUCAAGCAUACAAAGAAUGCAGAAGAAAGUGCAGAGGAAGCUGAAAAAAGAAGAACUUUAACGCAAACUCAAACAGAAAAUAGAAAUUCGCUAUUUAACACUCUCUGCGGUGGUGUUUUAUACCCAUUCAAAGUGGUUAUUUCAAAUGCCAAGUUUAUUUCGCAACUAUUCAGCAUAAACUACACAACGCUUAUUCUCUGUGCAAUGGGAAGUGGUAUUUCUAGAUCUUCUCUCCAGGCAUACUUGAGUGAGUAUCUUAUGAAUACCAGAAAAAGCAAAUCAGACCAAGCAUACAUAUACUUUGUGCGUACAAUAGGAGAGCUAUUUGUAUGGAGCAUUGUCAUUUGGCUUGGUGACAGGGUUACUUUAGAAGCACUGCUGCCUGUGGGAAUAUCCCUGGGUGCAACUCGCUCGCUAAUUUACUCUUUUACGCCACAGCAGAGCUGGAUUACAUACUACAUGCCAUUUAUUGCUGAAUUGUUCAAAUCAGUAUACAGCGCGCUGUUUAUAUAUGUAGCUGUAAAACUAGCACAUAAAUUCUCAAAGCCAAACCAAAAGACACUUGCACAGGGAAUAUUCACUGGAGUGUAUAGUGGGCUGGCACCAUUCCUUUCUGGACUACUAAGCUAUUAUACCUUUUCAAACACUGAAAGAACAGAUAUCCAGAACAAAGAACGCCUAUUCAGACUUGCAGGAUGCUUUGGGGUGGCAGCAGCCACUCUGUCUACUACUAUUUAUAUAAGAAAGUGGAGAAGUAAGAGUGCUAUUUAAUACGUAGCAGCUACCUAAUAAAUACAUAGGUCAUCUAUUAUUUGACUAUUAUUUAAUUAUUACAGAGUCAGCCCGAAAUAUCCAACGCCAAGAAAAGUAAAAUUUAUUUCUCAUAGCAGUAGCAUACAACAAAAAACUACUGGUUGCUUCAGAGAAGUUCGAUUAUUUUCUAUGCCAACCAAAGAAUGCACAUAGAGUGAACCAAGUUUAAUCACUAUAAUACUUCUAAAAACACA